GGUUGUUUUUCUUUGGUUUAGGUUUAGGGUUUUAUUGUUUGUCAUUUUGUCAAACAAUUUGGCUGCGUAAAUGCAGUGUUUACGCAUACUCCAACUCAGCUUCCACUCAUCCUUCGCUCCAUCUUCAUCUCCAUCUGGAUCUUCAUUCAUCACUCUCUACUAAUCUCUUCUUCUGUUCCGUUCAUGGCGACCGCUAUUUUCUCCAACCCCAAAAUCUCCCCCACAAUCACCAUCACUUCCAACAACCAUUACCACUGCCACCACCGUACACAUUUCCUACUCCAUGCAAAAGUUCAAGCUUUUCAAGCCGCCUCUCUCAAACUGAACCCAAAUUCCCAUUAUAAAAAACCCCAAAUAGCCUCCUGCCAGAGCUCUGUCAGCGACUCUCCGGAGCCGGAGAAGGUGCGGCGGCCGGAGUACAUUCCGAACCGUAUCUCCGAUCCAAACUAUGUUCGUAUCUUCGACACUACUCUCCGCGACGGUGAGCAGUCCCCCGGGGCCUCCCUGACCUCCAAGGAGAAGCUGGACAUUGCCAGGCAGCUCUCCAAGCUCGGCGUGGAUAUAAUCGAGGCUGGCUUCCCCGCGGCCUCGAAAGAUGACUUCGAGGCCGUCAAGAUUAUCGCCAAAGAGGUGGGUAACGCCGUUGACGCCGACGGCUAUGUUCCUGUUAUCUGUGGUCUCUCGAGGUGCAAUGAGAACGAUAUUAGGAGGGCUUGGGAGGCUGUCAAGUACGCCAAGAGGCCUAGGAUUCAUACUUUUAUUGCUACAAGUCCAAUUCACAUGGAGUACAAGUUAAGAAAGAGUAAGGAGCAGGUGAUUGAGAUCGCUAGGAACAUGGUCAAGUUUGCUCGGAGUUUGGGGUGUGAUGAUGUUGAGUUUAGCCCUGAAGAUGCUGGCAGGUCUGACAGGGAAUUCUUGUAUCAGAUUUUAGAAGAAGUUAUAAAGGCUGGAGCAACAACUCUAAACAUACCUGACACUGUUGGUUACACCGUGCCAAAAGAAUUUGGAGAAUUGAUUGCUGACAUUAAAGCCAAUACCCCUGGAAUUGAGAAUGUUAUCGUUUCAACACACUGUCAGAACGAUCUUGGACUUUCUACGGCAAACACUAUAUCGGGGGCAUGUGCAGGUGCUAGACAAUUAGAAGUAACAAUCAACGGAAUCGGUGAAAGAGCCGGGAAUGCAUCCCUAGAGGAGGUUGUAAUGGCCAUAAAAUGUCGUGGAGAGCAACAACUGGGAGGACUUCAUACCGGAAUCAAGACAAGACACAUCUCAAUGACAAGCAUAAUGGUUGAGGAAUACACAGGGUUGCAUGUACAGCCACAUAAGGCUAUCGUUGGAGCCAAUGCUUUUGCACAUGAAAGCGGUAUCCAUCAGGAUGGAAUGCUUAAGCACAAAGGUACAUAUGAAAUCAUAUCCCCAGAAGAUAUAGGGCUUGAACGAAGCAAUGAAGCUGGUAUAGUCCUUGGAAAACUCAGUGGGCGCCAUGCAUUGAAGCGACAACUUGAGGAGCUUGGUUAUGAGCUUGAAGAUGAGCAACUUGAGAGCAUAUUCUGGCGUUUCAAAUCUGUGGCUGAGCUUAAGAAGAGGAUAACUGAUGCUGACCUCAGAGCACUAGUUUCAGAUGAAGUUUUUCAACCAGAAGUCAUCUGGAAGUUCGUUGAUUUGCAGGUCACAUGUGGAACUCUUGGUCUUUCAACCGCAACCGUCAAACUUAUUGAUUCAGAUGGGAAAGAGCAUGUUGCUUGUUCAGUAGGAACUGGUCCAGUGGACUCGGCUUACAAAGCUGUUGAUCUGAUUGUGAAGGAACCAGUAGCACUCCUGGAAUAUUCAAUGAAUGCUGUUACAGAAGGUAUCGAUGCAAUUGCGGCCACCCGUGUCCUAAUCCGAGAGGAAAAGAGCGACCUGUCUAGUGAUGCUUCAACUGGUGAACGAGUUACCCGGACAUUUAGUGGGAACGGGGCAGGAAUGGAUAUUGUGGUUUCAAGUGUAAAGGCUUACAUUGGUGCGAUAAACAAGAUGUUAGGUUUCAAAGAAAGGACCGUCUUAAAUUCUUCUGAAAAAAGAAUUCCCGUGUCUGCAUAAAGAGGUGAAGGAUCUCAAUGCAAUUUUUGGAAUUCCUUACCCAUUUCUCAUUUCGUUUUUGGUUCUCAUUUAUGGAAUGAUUGCUAGUUUGUGCUUUUUCUGCAAAUGUGUUGAAAUAUUGUAGGUUUGAUUUGUCCAUAGGUCUUGUUUUAGAACGUGAUACCUUUUAAAAGGAAAAAAUAAUCCUGCUAAUGUACUGUCCAAAGUGCGCUAUUGUUGUUGAGUUAGACUGCUAAACUUGUUUUGUCAAAAAAAAAAAACAAAAAGUUGCUAAAUUGUAUUUCUUAUUACGUUUUUUUAAGGCCCAGUGCUAUUAUGUUUAUAUAUAAAGGAAAAUUUACAAUA